UUGUUUCCAUUACUGAUUAAAAUGGAGUUCUGGUUGAUUUUACUGGCAAUUCUUGGCCUCAAUCGGGUGCAGGGACAGACUUAUGGAGGCAGCUCCUAUGGUGCAGCCAGCGGAUCGGCCAUACGCCUCGGCCUUAUCACAGACGACGAAACGGACAGAAUCCGGCAGACCUUUGAGCACGCCAUCUCCGUGGCGAACAACGAGCUGAGCGUCCCGCUGGUGGGCCAAACGGAGCAGGUGUCCUAUGGGAACUCGGUCCAGGCCUUUGCCCAACUCUGCAACAUGAUGCAGAGUGGAGUGGGUGCCGUCUUCGGGCCGGCGGCCAAGCACACGGCCUCACAUCUGCUGAAUGCCUGCGACUCCAAGGACAUACCCUUUGUGUAUCCGCAUCUCUCGGGGAAUGCCCAAGCGGAUGGAUUCAACCUGCAUCCGCAUCAGGAGGACAUUGCAAACGCUCUCUACGGCAUCAUCAAGCAGUUUGAUUGGUCACGAUUCAUAUUCUGCUACGAGUCCCCCGAAUACUUGGCCAUUCUGGACCAUCUUAUGACACUGUACGGCAUCAAGGGGCCCGUGAUUAAGGUCAUGCGCUACGAUCUCAAUCUGAACGGCAACUACAAGUCGGUCCUGCGACGCAUACGAAAAUCAGAGGACAGUCGCAUUGUGGUUGUGGGCUCCCGAGAGGGCGUGGCCGAGCUCCUAAGGCAGGCCCAGCAAGUAGGCAUCAUGAAUGAGGACUAUACGUACGUUAUCGGCAACCUGGACCUGCACACCUUCGAGCUGGAGGAGUACAAGUACAGUGAAGCGAAUAUAACGGGCAUACGAAUGUUCUCACCUGAUCAGGAGGAGGUCCGAGACCUGGUGGAGAGACUGCAUCAAGAGCUGGGCGAAAGCGAACCUGCAGAUAAUGGGGCUUCAACCAUCACCAUGGCCAUGGCGCUGACCUAUGAUGCGGUGCGUGUAAUUGCGGAGACCACCAAACACCUUCCCUACCAACCUCAGAUCCUAAACUGCUCCGAGCGACAUGACAAUGUCCAACCAGAUGGAUCCACAUUCAGGAACUACAUGAGAUCGUUGGAGAUCAAGGAGAAAACCAUCACAGGUCGCAUCUUUUUCGAGGGUAAUGUGAGAAAGGGUUUCACUUUCGACGUCAUUGAGCUGCAGACAAGUGGCCUGGUCAAGGUCGGCACUUGGGAGGAGGGCCAGGAGUUUGAGUUCAAGCGGCCCGCGCAAGUGAUCAACUUCAAUGAUAUCGAUGAUGGUUCUCUGGUCAACAAGACCUUCAAAGUUCUUAUAUCUGUAGCGACCAAGCCAUAUGCCAGUCUGGUGGAUAGUAUUGACACGCUCAUUGGCAAUAAUCAGUAUCAAGGCUAUGGGGUGGAUCUCAUCAAGGAACUGGCCGAUAAGCUCGGCUUCAACUUUACCUUCCUAGAUGGCGGCAUUGACUAUGGCUCCUUUAACAAGACCACAAACACCACUACCGGAAUGCUCAAGGAAAUCGUCGAAGGGCGAGCUGAUUUGGCCAUUACCGAUCUGACCAUAACAUCGGAACGAGAAGAAGUCAUUGACUUUUCCAUACCUUUUAUGAACCUGGGCAUAGCCAUUUUAUAUGUGAAGCCACAGAAGGCUCCACCGGCUCUCUUUUCCUUCAUGGACCCGUUCUCUGAAGAGGUGUGGCUCUACCUGGGAAUUGCGUAUGUAGGUGUUUCGCUAUGCUUCUUUAUUCUGGGUCGACUAUCCCCCACGGAAUGGGACAACCCGUUUCCCUGCAUCGAAGAGCCAGAAGAGCUGGAGAAUCAGUUCACCAUCAACAACUCCCUGUGGUUCACCACGGGAGCCCUGUUGCAGCAGGGCUCCGAGAUCGCUCCCAAAUCCCUAAGCACACGUACCAUUGCGGCCAUUUGGUGGUUUUUUACCCUGAUCAUGGUGUCUUCGUACACUGCCAACUUGGCUGCCUUCCUCACCAUCGAAAAUCCCACCAGUCCCAUCAAUAGCGUUGAAGAUCUGGCCGACAACAAGGAGGGUGUUCAGUAUGGAGCAAAGCGGACAGGAUCCACUCGGAAUUUCUUCCUAACUUCUGAAGAUCCCAUCUAUAUGAAAAUGAACGAAUACAUGACCAAUAACCCGUCCAUGUUGCUGGACAACAAUCAGGAUGGCGUGGAAAAGGUGAAGUCCGGCAACAAGUACGCCUUCCUCAUGGAGUCCACCUCUAUUGAGUUCAAUACAGUGCGAGAGUGCAAUCUCACCAAAGUGGGAGAUGCACUGGAUGAAAAGGGUUACGGCAUAGCCAUGGUGAAAAAUUGGCCAUAUCGCGAUAAGUUCAACAAUGCUCUGCUGGAGCUGCAGGAGCAAGGUGUGCUGGCCAGGCUCAAGAACAAAUGGUGGAACGAGAUCGGAGCCGGAGUUUGCAGCGCCAAAAGCAGCUCCGAUGGUCCUUCAGAAUUGGGUGUGGACAACCUGAGUGGUAUCUAUGCUGUCCUGGCUGUUGGUACCAUCAUCUCCAUCAUCUUUUCCAUCUUCUGUUGGUGCAUUUUCGUAUUCAAGAAGGCCAAAAGCUAUGAGGUACCCUUCUGUGAUGCUCUGGUUGAGGAGUUUAAAAUUGUCAUCCGGUUCUCGGAGAACGAGCGGGCCCUGAAGAGCGCACAAUCAGUUUACUCCCGCAGCCGAAACUCCUCUCACUCCAUAGAGUCCCUCAAAACGGAUUCCGAGGAGAAUAUGCCGCCCGAGGAGGCUGAUUGAUAAUUGAGUUUUGUG